AUGCUCAUGCUGUUGAUCACUUGAUUGUCUGGUCCAGGCUCGAUUAUUUAUAGACAAGCACUGUGGGAUGUUUAUGACCUCCACAGUUGUCAAUUCUUGCAUUUUACAAGCCACCUAGUCUGCCCCACAGUCAUUUACCUUGUUCUUUCUCUACCUCCCAGACCUUCCUGUCAUGCAAAAGUCCUAAACAAAGCAGCCCAGAGUGCUGAAUCCUCUAGUUCAUGGAGGCUUCUUUUCAUUUAUUUGUAUAACAAAUAUGACAUUUUUAUAGGUUAUGCGUUAAUCUAAAUCUAGCUAAGUGACAAUUCAAAGUCUAAGUGUAUUUUGUUUUGUUUGUUUGUUGUUGGGGUAGAAUGACAUGUGUCAGUCAAGUCAGCGAGCCUGACCAUCCGAUCCCGUUAGUCGCCUCUUGCGACAAGCAAGGGUUGCUGAAGACCAAUUUUAACCCGGAUCUUCACGGAUUCUAAGUGUAGUAUUUAACCAGCCGUAUCCCACUCAAAACAUCUUUUUGUCUAAAACAAUGUCAUUUUGAUUGAGAGUGUGGGUAAAUGUCAACAGUAUUAUGGCCGUACAUGAUCCCUUUGUUAUAGGAGUGUGUUUAUAUUGUGUCCCCUAACUACACAUUCACGUUGGAGUGAGUGAGUGUGUGAAUUAAGUUUUACGCCGCUUUCAGAAAUAUUCCAGCAAUAUCACGGCGGGGGACACCAGAAAUCUGCUUCAAACAUUGUAGCCAUGAGGGGACUCGAACCCGGGUCUCCAGCGUGACGAGCGAACGCUUUAACCAAUAGGCUACCCCAUCGGCUCCAUUCACGUUGGAACAUAUACAUAACGUUAAUACUGAUAAGAACAGCGUGAGAUUAGUAUUCACGGUUAAUCCGCUUUCGUUUAUUUUCAGUAAGCAUUUUGUGCUAUUUGGAUUUGUAUGUAACUAGAUUAUUUAUCCCCUUAUGUAAGCGUUAAUACUUCUCAAACCUUGCUACCUGGCAACCCAUAACAGUAAGAGGGUAUUGAAGCCAGUAUCUACUACCUGCAUAUGACCAGUGCCCACUUCGACUCGAGCUCUCUUCACCACUGUAACUGACCCCAAAGUUGUCUUAAACCCUGAAGAUGAAAGUUGUUAAGACGAAGGCUGAGUUUGACAGUGUUCUGACGGGUAGCCCUGGGCAGCUGGUAGUGGUCGACUUCUUCGCGACAUGGUGUCCACCAUGUACAGGAAUUGCGCCGUUCUUUGAGGCCCUGUCCGUUAAGUAUCCACUGGUUGUGUUCAUCAAGGUCGACGUAGACGAAAAUGAGGAGACAGCAGCUGUCUGUGAAGUAGAGGCGAUGCCCACCUUUAAAUUCUACAAGGACGGGAAACAGGUGGAUGAACUCGUCGGUGCCAGUCAGGUAGACCUGGAAGCUAAAGUCGAGAAAAAUCAGUGACGACGAAGUGUGUGCAGGAAUGGAUGCCCUGGGAUGAGAAUCGUGACAAUGAUUACCAGAUGUGUGUUGAUGAUCUUAAUGUAUGACAGCAGAUGACUCUAUGGUCUCUUGAUUAUAAACCUGGGAGACAUAAAACGGUUUUGUUGGACGGUCUGAUUAUUGUCAAUCUGUCUGACUGACCAUGGUGUUGAGUUAUUGUAAACACGCUGACUGUUCAUUGUAUAGUGUGAUUAUUGUAAAUAAAAGCGUUAACACAGUG